AUGAUUAAAAGUUUACAAGAAGCUCCUGAAGAGCGAGCAGAAGCUCUUUUCCGGGCUGCCAAGUGUCUGAGCGAUCCUCUUAACGCUGUUGAACAUGCAGACUUCUGGAUGAUUCAAGCUUGGACAUUGAUGGCGUUUUAUAUGUUGAUUACAUCGAAGCGUAACGCGGCGUAUGCAUAUUGUGGAAUGGCCGUUCGUUCUGCAUAUUCCCUUGGUAUGCAUCAGGAAACUGAAAUGAAGUUUGAAAAUGAAACUGCAAGGCGAAAUCUCUGGAGGAGCCUUUUUGUGCUAGAUAAAUUCCUCGCCACAGCCCUUGGGCGACCCGCUGCCAUAUAUGAAGAGGACUGCUCGAGUAAUGUCCUGUAUUUACCAGCAGACCAGUCGCCCAAAUCAGGCCAAGAAGAAGAUGAUAUCAGAAAGGCUGGUCUUGAUUCAUCGGUUCGAAUCUACACGACCAUCAGCACAAUGCUCAAAAAAGUUUACUCGGAGAAGAAAGUUUCAACAAAAUUGGCCCAAGAGAUUGUUGGCGACUGCCAGCUAUGGGCUUUGAAUGCCCACCCGUCUUUAGCGGCAGAUGACCUUCUCAGCGGCAAGGCAUCCAAAGAGAUGGGAAUACCCAUCUUACACGUGCAGCUACUUCAUUACCACUCUAUCCUUCUGCUGUGCAGACCUUUUUUUAUUGACAUUUUAGUAAAGACGCGGCCAACUAUUUCCAAUGAUGGAGAGCCCUUUCAUCGGACGUUCUCGAGGGCAGAAAAGUUUUCCCAAGCAUGCGUGGCUGCGUCUACUCAUUCCGUGAUGAUUAUUCAGGCGGCAUUUGAAGCGAAGUAUUUGCCGCGGUGUAACCCGUUUAUCUUAUAUUUUCUGUUUGCAGCGACCUUGAUUAUUUUGAGUAAUGAGUUUGCUGGUUUAUACGAGAAUGAACAUUAUGCAGAGUCCGUUGGCAGCGCUAUCAAAAUCAUGGACUACUGCGCAGCCACAGAUGUUCAAGCUCAGCGAAUGCUUUACAUUCUGCAGUCGUUUUUGGCAGAUGUCGGAAAGCAUUCAAAGUCUCCGGCCGCAAGCGAGCAGUCUGAGCUCGCUCUGCCAGAUGCAUAUAUUGGUGACCCGGAAGAAGUUUUGCAUACCAGAAGACAGAGCCUCACCGCUCGACGCAAUCAGCAGGAACCCUCUACUCCCAUUGGAGGAGGGUCAUCGUCUGAUGUCAUGGAGUACUAUUCUCAUAUGGAGACAGACGCCAGCCAGUCAACUAUUGACGCCCAGGACAUGGGCCCUCUGGUGAUGAGGGGAGAGCGCUCGAUGAGCUCUGCCACUGUGCCGAGGCGCUCAAACAUUGACCGCAAUGUUUACCGGAGUGCAAAUUUGGACCUCGCUAGGAAUGAACUCAACUUUGAUGAGUUUGACCACGAUGGCACCGAGUACCAACAAAACCUGGAAUCAGACGAAAUGAAGGCUUACUCACAUGGCUACAGCUCGGCCAUGAUGUCCCAUGGGGAUCAGCCUGCUUUUCAAGUCCACCAUAGUGGUAACUUUAGGCCCUUCAACGCUCCCAACAUGCCUUCAGCGGGCAGUCACGAGGCCGGCUCAGCUCAUUUUGAUGGGCGCUAUUUAUAA